AUGUUGCCACUGUUCAAGGCCAAGUGGAUGCAAAAUGGGAUUUAUCAUGCCAUCUUGCUGUCUAAAAAUUGGAUUGACCUAAAUAACUCGUUGCUGGGAGCUGCCUUUUGUUUUUGGGAUAGCACUUCCAAUACUUUUUCAUUUGGUCCUGGCCCCAUGGCCCUUGCUCUUUUAGAUAUGGUGGCCUUUUUUGGUUUUAGGCCCUGGGGUAUGAACAUCGAUGUUUUGGGGGACUAUGAGAUGAGGAAUUGCAAAGUUUGGACCCCAAUAAAGGCUAGUAAGAUCGAAAUUGUGCGUCUGAGGACCUAUUCUGUGUUUAUGAUGACGUAUCAGGGGAUGGCUGAUCGUGAUCAAGAGCACAUGAUGUUCUUGCUUUUUUGGUUGAACAAAUUCAUUUUUCCUCAUACUGAUGGAGGUGUGAAGUCAGAGUACAUGCGUCUGGCAGAGGCUUUCCACAAUUAG